AAACAUGUAGGCUCUGCUUCCCAUUGGUUGAAAUUGGUGUUUCCUUGGCAGCACUUGCAAACAUUCCAUCUGGCAAUCUGAGAGAAGCUACUGAGAGAAUCCUUGGGAGACAUCCCCAGCUACCUACCACUGCUCCGGUUCCAAGCAAAGAAGAUCUGCUUACUCCGGAAAAAGAAAAUGAGUGAGACUCAAAAUUCAACAAGCCAGAAAGCAAUGGAUGAGGAUAACAAAGCUGUAAGCCAAACAAUGCCGAACACACAAGACGAGACGAACACACAAGACCACGAAGAUGAAUUGACUCGAGUAGCUCUAGCUCUGGUUGAGGAUGUCAUCAAUUAUGCUGUGAAGUUUCUGGAAGAUGAGCAAAACCCUAUGAAAAAUAUCAAGUGGAUGACUCACGGUGAAUUCACUGUGGAAAAGGGUCGUAAACAAAUUGACGAAUAUCUUUCGACGUGUAUUUAUAAAAAACGCUGGGCACACACCACAGUGUUUGUAGAGAGGAAAGACUUAAUUCACAGCUUCCUCUACGUCUACUAUGUACAUUGGAGUGCCUCAAGUGCUGGCAUACCUGUAGCACAAAUCUCUUCUGGUACCUACUUCAAGCUGAAGGUCUCCAAAACCAAACCUCCGGAUGCACCCAUUGGUGUUUUUUUUGUAGGUGAAGAACAAGAAUUAGUUCACAGACCAGGAAUGGUUUGCUUUCGAGAACACUGGCAGAAGAACCUUACUGAUGCCAAAUAUGAUUUCAUGGCGGCAUUCCCCUCCAUAUUUGAUCGUGUCUGAUUCUUACAGAAUGUCUUAGGAUUGUUUUUCUAAUCAGGUUAUAUUAAGAAGACAAUACAGCACAUCAAACCACAUAAUAUUUAUUAAUAAACUUGUGGCAUACAA